AUGGAGAUGUCAGGAAAAAAGACUGUGAAUGAGCCGAAAGCAUUAACAACGUUUGUACAAGCCGACACCACGACUUUCAAGGACGUUGUCCAACGCCUUACAGGCUCAUCAGAUGCAGCAGCAGCAGCAGCAGCAGCAGUACAUGAAGUAACAGCUGCAAAAGGUAACAUUGGUGUUAAAAGACCAGAGUUUAAGCUCCAUGAAAGGAGACAGUACAAAGCCAAAUUGGAGAUAAUCAAACCACCUUUGAAUAUAAAGCAUGGACAGCAACAUUUUCAGGAGCAUAGAUUCUCACCCUCUUCGUCAGGGAACAGAGUUCGGCAAAAAAGCCCAAUGACUACCCCAACCAAGAUUUUCUCAAGCUUAUCUUUAGCUGAAAGAGGUAGCAGCAGAGGUGAACCAGCAGCUUCUGAACUGAACACACAAGAAGAAGAGAAAGCUAUUAGAGAGAGACGAUUCUAUCUACAUCCUUCUCCGAGAUCAAAACCUGGGUUUAAUGAACCUGAGUUACUCACCCUGUUUCCUCUAACAUCUCCUAAAACAGGUGAAGAGUCCUGAAUUUCUAAGGAGAAUAGUAACUGCUUGUAUUAUUAUGGAAGAAGAAGAGUGUGAAAAGGAGGAUUGCUAACAUUCUUUCCUGGAAGAAGACUCAUUAACAUCUUUCUUAAUUAGCCAGAACGUAUAGAUGUUCCUACAGUUAGCUAAUUGAUUGAAGCAGAUGGUGAAAACAAUUUGUAACUAGCUGCUUAACCUAACUCCAUGUAAUCACAAAGUAUUGUACAUGAGAGUGAAAUUUUAUUACAUUCGAUGAAUAUCUAUUCUACU